CUUUCUUUCUUUCGUGUAAGUCUUAUAAAGUAUGCAAAUAUCAAGUAAUGAUUCUGAAUGUGUCUCUUAUCUACAAGCCACAACACUCGUGGAUCUUCCUUUUUUAACCAAAGAGUUAUUUGUCAUAUUUAGGAAAAGUGCUUGUGGAAACUGUCUUUUCUGAACACCAGUCCCAUCAACACAGUCCUCAGUUCACUGGAGAACCCAGAUUUGACAGCACUGCACAACCAUCUGAGGCCUACCUGUUUUACUUUGUGAUUUCCCCAGAUACUUCUACAACUAACCUGCUUUGUCUUACAUUUAACAAUGGAUGACAAAACACCAUCAUUUGAUCUAACAGACAUUAAAACAACAAUAUUCAAACAGGAACAGCCUCAAGUUUGGUGUUGUUGGUUAGGUUGGUGUUGUUGGCCAAGUUGGUGUUGUUGGUUAGGUUGGUGUUGUUGCAAACGACAGGUGACAUACAGAAUUCCAGCUCUUAUCUAUAUCAGUGAAAAUAAAACCUACCUUGCCUUCGCUGAAAAACGGAACAAACCAAGUGACACAGAUGCAGACAAGCUUGUGAUGAGAAGAGGAUUGUGGGAGGAUGACAAGAAUACAAUUGAGUGGGACAGUGGUCAUCAGGUGCUCUCUUCAGCUUGUCUACCAAACCACCGCAGCAUGAAUCCAUGUCCGGUCUAUGAGAGAGAAUCCAAGACCCUCUUUCUGUUUUUCAUUUGUGUUCCUGAUGGGGUCUCUGAAAUUAGUCAAAUAAACGCAAAAAAGAACCAGGCACGACUUUGUUACGUAACCAGUCAGGACACCGGCAAAAACUGGAGUGUUAUUACAGAACUGAAAGAUGUGAUCCGUGAAAAGGAGAAAAACUGGGCCACCUUUGCUGUUGGACCAGGACAUGGUAUUCAAACGAAGGACGGAAGACUGAUUAUCCCAGCAUGUGUGUAUUACUUUGUUGAGCCCCAUGACCCCACAUCACAUGCAGUCACAUUUUACAGUGAUGAUAAAGGACAUACUUGGCAAGUAGGAAAACAUAUGGAUGGUGAGUCUAAUGAAUGUCAGAUGGCUGAGAUCACAGAUAAAAGUGAUAAUAGUUUACUGUACUGCAAUGCUCGAAGUUCAUCCGGCUACAGAGUUGAAGCUCUAAGCACCAGUAGUGGAGAAACUUUUGAAAAACUUUUUACUGUUCAAAAGCUGAUAGAGACCGGUAAGGGUUGCCAAGGUAGUGUGAUGUAUAUUCCUUCCCAUGCUUUGCUGCUCUAUUCUCAUCCAACCAAUAAAAAUGAGAGAAAGAAUCUCGGAAUCUAUGUGAAUAAAUCACCGUUCGAUGCAAACCAAUGGAACUGCAAGGGCACAAUCAAUAAUGGUCCAAGUGGAUACUCGGAUCUGGCUGAGUGUGAGAAUACAGAGAACAUUGCCUGUCUCAUGGAAUGUGGACAGGAAAAGGAAAUUGAAGAGAUAGCUUUUAAGUUCUAUAAAAUCAACGACGCUGUGGAAUCUCCACAGGUGGAUUCUCCAUAGCAAUGUUCAAGUUCAUACUCAAGAACUGUUGUCUUUUAAUUUUUUUUUUUUUUUUGCUGGUUCAUUUGUUUACUAAUGAAAAUUGCUGAAUGUUAAAAAUUCAAGUUAUAAAUGCAUUCGUUUAUUAAUUCAAACAGCAAAUUAUCAUAACCAAGCAAUAUGCUUUCCUUAUUAGCAUGCCAAUAAUUCCCA